UUCCGGAACCAGCUUCCUCCGUUCCUUUCCCGGCUGUCCGGCCGCGGCAGCUCUUUCUCUCUGCCCCGCCCCUGGCAUGGCCUCCGUGCCCCUCAAGAGAAGGCGGGGCCGGAGCUUUGGAGAGGAGGCCCAGGGAGCCGCAGCCCCCAGCCCACCCCUGUCCCGCUUCCCAGAGUUCACCCUCUACUUGGCCGAGCGGCGUAUGGGCCGGAUGCGCCGGGCUUUCCUCACCGAGCUGGCCCGGGGCAAGGGCUUCCGCGUGGACGAGGUUUACAGGUGAUGGCCCGGAAGCCCAGAGAGAGCAGGGGUACAGAGGGAAAGGGCACCGCCAGGAUGCCCUGCUGUGCCCUGCUCUGCCUGAAUCACUGCCUCAGCCCACAAGUGACCCACGUGCUGAUGGAGGAUGCCUCGGGGGCAGAAGCAUCCGACUACCUGGACCGCGUAUUGGGGGCCUCUCAGAGCCUGCAGAAGCCUUUGCUGUUGGAUAUCAGCUGGCUCACGGAAAGCAUAGGUCGGGGGAAACCUGUGCCUGUGGAAGCCAAAUACUGCCUGGGGAUACCCGAACUCCUGAAGAACCAGGUGCCUCCGGUGUCCAUGCCAGCCUACGCCUGUCAGCGGCACACCCCCCUCGACCACCACAAUUUCCACCUUACGGAGGCCCUGGAGACCCUGGCAGAGGCCGCAGAUUUUGAGGGCAGCCAAGGCCGUUUCAUCUCCUUCCACCGGGCCGCCUCAGUGCUCAAGGCCCUGCCUGACCCCAUCACCAACAUGAGCCAACUUCACGGCCUUCCCCAUAUUGGAGACCAUUCUUCCCGGAUUAUCCAGGAGCUACUGGAGCACGGGGUUUCCAAUGAAGUGGAAACAAUAAAACUCUCCAAAAGGUACCAGACAAUGAAGCUCUUCACCCAGAUCUUUGGAGUUGGCGUGAAGACUGCAGACAGGUGGUAUCAGGAGGGGCUCCGGACCCUGGACGAUCUCCAAAAACAUUCCAGAAAACUGACCCGUCAGCAGGAAGCAGGCAUCCAUCAUUUUGAGGACCUCAACACCCCAGUCUAUCGCCACGAGGCAGACGCCAUCCAACAGAUUGUGGAAGAGGUCGUACAGCAGAUGCUUCCUGGUGCCAGGGUGAUCCUGGCUGGUGGUUUUCGCAGGGGAAAGCCGCAUGGUCACGAUGUCGACUUCCUUAUCACCCACCCAGUGGAAGGGCUGGAAGCAGGACUGUUAUCCAAGGUGAUGGGACGCCUGGAGAGCCAGGGCCUCGUUCUGUACAGACACACCCAAAGCCCCAAAAACCCAGACCACACAGCUUUCCAGAGCACUGCCAUGGAUGACUAUGAGAAAUGCUUCUCCAUUCUCUGGUUCCCAAAGUCUCCCACCACAUCCUCCCACCUAGAGGCUGGAGAAUCUUCCAGGGAUGGGAAGGCAGUGAGAGUGGACUUCGUGGUGACCCCUAUCAGCCAGUUUGCCUUCGCCCUACUUGGCUGGACUGGCUCCCAGUAUUUUGAGAGGGAACUUCGAAGGUUUAGCCGAACAGAGAAGAGGCUGCUGCUGAAUAACCAUGGACUGUACAACCCUGAAAAGAAAGAAACCUUACCUGCAGCUUCAGAAGAAGACAUCUUCAAGCACCUGGGCCUGGACUACAUCCCACCAGAACAGAGGAAUGCCUGAGCACCCUGGUCUCUCUUCUCACACCUCCCUCCAUUUGUGAGGGCCAAACCCUUUGGCGAGCCAGGAUUAGAGGCAGGGAAGUCCACCCUGUUCCUCUGCCCAGCAGUUUGACAAAACCAUCUUUGGCCCUGAGAAGUCUGGGAUUUUUGAUUCCUCAUGUCCAAUCCCUCCCCCUCCUGAUUCUUGGGAAGGUGGAAGAUAUUUUACGAUUAGUCCAUAGAACUUGAAAUCUGAAGGUCUUUUAAAACUACUCUAACCUGUGUGUCAGAAUGGGUUCUCAGCCCCACAUUCUUGCCCAGCCCAGGGUUUGGGGGAGAAUGGAAUGCCAAAAUCAGUAGAGGCUUGGUAGGCCUGGACCAAAGUGCCCUUUAGGGAUUGAGGGCCCAGGCCCAUAGUUCUUUGCCUUUUCUUGUCCCCAGGGUUAAAGCAUUAGUUUCUAUAUAAAUACAAAAAAAAAAUUAUAAUUAAAGUGAUGUCUAUUUUUGCAAGGA